AUAACUGUGGAAACUUUGUCUGAAUUUAAAUAUAUCCGACGACACCCUCACUAGCUACCAUAUCACCACUUAAAGUUUCUGAUAACGGCCACAUGGCCGACAUCACCACCUUCAACUCCUCCAUGCACCAAAACCAUCUCCUCUCCAUCACUCUCUGUAAGUACCCAUCUCUUAUUUUUCCAUCUUCAUCUCAUUUCCUUACCUUUUCUCCUCCCAAGCACACACCUUUUCUAGAAUUCAGAGCCUAUGUUAGCAGCACCAGAACUUCAAAUUUAAGACUUAACAAAGAAAAUACUGGUAGGAGUAAGAUUGUUGGUUCAGUAGUAGAAGAACAAAUUGAGAAAAAUCAUUUAAAAGGUAGAAGAAAUAAGGUUGUUAAUGGUGGAAUGGAGAAAAACAUGAGAAAAAAUGGUGAUAAUGAUGUGAAAAAGGAGAAGAUUGUAAAAAAGUCUAAGAGAAAAAAAGAUGAGCCCCCUGAAAUGAGAAUUCGGAUGGAGUUAGAUAAGUGUUGUAAGAAAGGUGAUGUAAUGGCUGCACUUCAGUUGUAUGAUUUAGCUCAAAAAAAAGGAGUCAAAUUGGUGCAGUAUCAUUAUACUUUACUUCUUUAUCUUUGCUCGUCCGCUGCGGCUGGUGUUGUUCAGCCAGCGAAAAGCGGGCGUAGUGCUCGAACUUUAGGUUCUUACGAGGCUUCUAACGAAGCCUCGAGCACAAAUGUGAUAGACUUUAGUGAGUUGGUAGAUGAGUGUGAUAGAAAUCUUAGUUUUGUGGAAGCAAAUAGUCAAAUUUUUAGCAACUUGAACAAAUUAAUCGAUAGUGGUCGAAAUACUGAAAGUAAAGAUCAUAUGAAGAUGGAUUCGAGUAGUAGGUGUGAUGAUGGUAAUGAAAUUUUGGUUAGUGAAGAUGUGAAAAAAUAUGCUCUUGAGCGAGGAUUUGAACUCUACGAGAAGAUGUGUAAGGAUAAGAUCCCAACGAAUGAAGCAACCUUGACAUCUGUGGCUAGGAUGGCUAUGUCAAUGGGUUACGGCGACAUGGCUUUUGAUAUGGUGAAGCAAAUGGAGGUGCUGGGAAUAAGUCCUAGAUUGCGGUCUUAUAGUCCCGCUCUUUCUGUUUUUUGUAAUAGUGGAGAUGUCGAUAAAGCAUUUGCAGUGGAACAACACAUGUUGAAGAAUGGUGUAUGUCCUGAAGAGCCUGAGCUAGAGGCUCUACUAAGAGUAAGUGUAGAAGCUGGUAAAGGUGACAAAGUUUAUUAUUUGUUGCAUAAAUUGAGAACCAUGGCGAGAAAGGUCUCACCCUCUACUGCAAGCGUAAUUGUCGGAUGGUUUAAGAGCAAAGCAGCUGCUCGAGUAGGUAAAACAAAAUGGGAUAAGAAUGUAGUUAAAGAAGCGAUUGAAAACGGAGGUGGAGGAUGGCAUGGGCAGGGCUGGUUAGGUAAGGGAAAGUGGACAGUCUCAUGUACAUCUAUUGGCGCUGAUGCGUUUUGUAAAUCUUGUGGGGAGAAGUUGGCUACCAUUGAUCUUGAUCCUAAAGAAACGGAUAACUUUGCUGAAUCUGUUGCUUCUAUAGCCAUAAAGAGAGAAAAAGAUUCAAGCUUUCAAAAGUUUCAAAAAUGGCUGGAUUAUUAUGGACCUUUUGAAGCGCUUAUAGAUGGAGCCAAUGUAGGUCUUAUCAGCCAGAACAAAUUCACUCCCAUGAAGAUCAAUGCUGUUGCUAAUGGAAUUCGCCAGAAGCUUCCAUCGAAAAAAUGGCCACUUAUUGUUUUGCACAACAAGCGUGUCACUGGACCAAAGAUGAAUGAACCGGUGAAUAAGUCCUUGGUUGAAAAGUGGAAAAAUGCUGAUGCUCUUUAUGCAACACCUACUGGAUCAAAUGAUGAUUGGUACUGGCUGUAUGCAGCUAUAAAGUUCAAGUGUUUGCUUGUGACCAAUGAUGAGAUGAGAGACCAUACAUUUCAGCUUCUAGGAAAUGACUUUUUCCCCAAAUGGAAAGAAAGGCAUCAAGUACAUUUCGAUUUCGAUGAGACUGGCCCGGUUUUCCAUAUGCCUCCGUGUUUCUCCGUUAUAAUUCAGGAAUCAGAGGAUGGCCAUUGGCAUAUUCCAAUUACAACAGAUCAUAAUAAUGAGCAAGAGAGAGCAUGGUUAUGCAUUAGACGUACUAAGUCAGCUGCGGCAACGGAAGAUUCUAUUACUAACGAGCCUGAAGAUUCACAAUCCGUUGACCAUAGCGACCAACGAGUUAGGUUGACCGGAAAAACUAGAGUUAAAGCAAAGAAAGAUGCACCGAAUAAGAGUCAUAAAGAUACUUCGCAUCAGCAAGUCUACAAGAAUCUCAAAAAUAUUCUGUCGGAAUCUGGAUUUGCAGAAAGUCCCACAGUCGUAUCAGAAAUUGAGGCCGCAGAGAAGCUCGGUCACUGUGUAAUAGACUUUCAGAUAUGAAGUUUAUUGUCUCUCAUUCAAGAUUUAAAAUGACACUUGAAAAAUUUCAAGAAUUGAAUUCUUAGAGUCUCUUACCAUUGAAUGGUUGAGCGCAUUAGGCUGUUAAUUCAUCGAGUAACCGAAAUUCUCGAGUCACCUGUCGCCUGUCGGGCAAUCAGUAAGGCACAGGCUGAGGUGCUCAAUGGAGUCAUUGUAAAUUUUAAGUGUAAAUUCUAUUCUUAUAGUUAGGACAGUGGCCGAAGCAGAAAUUCAAAGAAAGAAAGUGAAAUUUUAGUCAAUACGAGUUUCUUUUUUA